AUGGAAUCGAAAGUUGUGUUGAAGGAGAAAAAUCCACACGAUAAAGCGAAUAUCUUCUCAAAAAUAUUCUUAUGGUGGAGCUUCAAGUUAUUCAAAAGAGGAUACAAAACGGGAUUGACAAUUGAUGAUCUAUGGCAGGCCCGCAGUGUGGACCAAUCGAGCAGACUCGGGGACCGGCUCGAAGAGGCUUGGGAAAGGGAAGUUGAAAGAUCUCGUAAAAAUAAUAGCAAACCAUCACUCUCCAGAGCCAUUGUCAGCUGUUUCUGGGUAGAGUAUAUGACAUGCGGGAUCUUCGUCGGUAUUUUGUUCAUUGUAAUAUGGCCUCUGAUCCCAUACACUCUAGCUUUAUUCAUAAAAUAUUUUUCGUCUGAAAAAACGCCUGAAUCGUAUAGAAAUGCGCACAUACAUAACUUUUUAUUGAAUUUUCUAUCCAUCUUAUCGGCUCUUAUGUUGAAUCAUACUAAUUUAUCUCAGGGUUGUGUUGGUAUGAGGGUGAGGAUAGCCUCAUGUUCUCUCAUCUAUAGGAAGAUAUUGAAACUGAACCGUGUUGGUAUAAGUAAAACUGAUUCCGGCCAAGUCAUCAAUUUGAUGUCAAACGAUGUAAACAGAUUCGACAUAGCGUCAACAUUAUUGAAUUUUCUGUGGGUGAUGCCAAUCGUGGUGCCAGUAGUUUCUUACCUGGUUUGGCAACACAUUGGAUACGCUACAUUGGCUGCUCUUGCUGUUAUAUUUCUCCAAACAGUCACAGUGCAAGCUUAUUUGAGUAAUCGUCAGGGUAUACUGAGGGGGAAAAUAGCAAAACGUACCGAUGAAAGGGUGAAAGUUAUGAGCGAAUUAGUCAAUGGAGUUCAGGUCAUCAAAAUGUAUGCUUGGGAGAAGCCUUUCGAAAAGCUUGUAGACAAACUUAGAAAAAUUGAAAUAAAGUUUAUAUUGCGUACAUCGUUUAUCAAAGGUUUCUCUACCGCAUUGAGCGUGUUCACGGAACGAUUCAUUCUUUUCUCUGCUAUCGUCACUUUCGUGGUUAUCGGAGGAGAGAUUAGUUCAGACAUCACAUUCUCUCUCGUUCAAUAUUAUAACUUGAUGCAGCUAGCCUGUAAUAUAUUCUUUCCCCUGGCUCUGGCGUUCCUCGCGGAAUCCAAAGUAUCCAUACGCCGAUUGGAGGAAUUUCUGGCUCUCGAAGAAUUGGAAAGUGAUAAUCCAAAAAUAGCUAGUUUCAACGCUAAUCCUAAUGCGUUGCUUAAUGGAAAGGACAGCGAAAAGGAGAAUUCAAAUAACAGAGUGAAGCCGACGGGACUGAUUAUAUCAAAUGCUACAGCAAGCUGGCAGCCCAACCCUAUAGUGCAUACAUUGAGGAACAUUACUCUUAAUGUUCAGCCUGGAGAAUUUAUAGGGGUCGCUGGUCUUGUAGGAUCUGGAAAGUCGUCCUUCCUCCAACUAGUCCUUGGUGAGUUACGACCUUCUAAAGGUACGGUGUCCCUGGGAGGAGCCAGAGUAUCCUAUGCCAGCCAAGAACCUUGGCUCUUCGUGGCCACAAUCAGACAGAACAUACUCUUCGGCCUUCCAUACGACCGGUUGAAGUAUAAAAAGGUGGUGACGGCGUGUGCAUUGUUACGUGAUUUCGAACAGAUGCCGGCUGGUGACUCCACCCUGGUUGGUGAAAGAGGCAUCAGUCUGAGUGGAGGGCAGCGAGCGAGAAUCGGUCUAGCACGGGCCUGUUAUAGAAAUGCCGAUAUUUAUCUGUUGGACGAUCCGCUAUCGGCCGUCGACACUCACGUCGGUAAACACAUAGUGUCUGAAUGUGUGAUGGGACUUUUGAGACACUCCACGAGGAUUCUGGUCACGCAUCAGCUACACCAUCUCAAGCAAGCCGACAGAGUCGUCAUACUACACAAUGGCGAGGUGGAAACGACUGGUACAUUCGAAGAGGUGUCAAAGUGUCCAUUAUUCAAGGAGCUUGAGGAUGAAGAGCAAUCUCCAGAUGACUCCACCAGUCCACAGAUACUCAGGAAAAGAACUCUCUCCGUACAGUCUCACUCGAGCGUAAGUACUACAGCGGAGUCACCUCAAGAAGAACAGGUGGAGCCAGAAGAGAGCGACGAGCUGAUGGAAAAAGGUCGCGUGUCCAGUUCCGUCUACAUGAAGUACUUCCGUGCUGGCGCCAACUGGUUUCUAUUAUUGACAACCAUCAUAUCCAUACUACUGGCUCAAAUCAUCACUUCAGUCAGCGAUCUCUGGCUCACACACUGGAUGAACACGGUGGAAGAAAGGAAAUUAAACGAUUAUUCGCCAGAACCUCUAGCUGCUGAAUUGACAAAUGCAUCAGAUGCCGUGCAGAAUGCUUCACUAGUCACUGAAGCCCCAAUGUACUCUUCAACCACGAAUCUAUCAGUGAUCGGUACCAUCGUUAAAACCGCUUUAACUAUUCAGGAUAUAGUAAGCGAGGAGCCGGUGCACCACUUAUUCUUUAUAUACAUAUGGGGCGCCGCUAUAUUGGGAUGCAUUUUACUCACUACUGGAAGAUCCAUAUUAUUCCUGUACGUGUGUAUGAAGAGUUCCAUAAAGCUUCACAAUCAGAUGUUCAGUAAUAUACUAUCAGCUACGAUGCGUUUCUUCGACACGAAUCCCUCGGGUCGUAUCCUGAACAGGUUCUCUAAGGACAUGGGGGUCGUUGACGAGAUAUUACCCAAAAUGUAUUUGGACAGCAUUCAGAUGUUCAUGGUGAUGACUGGUAUCCUGGUGAUGGUCGCUAUCGUGAGCCCCUACAUGAUGCUGACCACCCUCGUCUGCGGUAUAUUCAUGUAUAUAUGGACAGUCAUAUAUCUUUCCACAGCACAGGCAAUAAAACGAGUUGAAGGUGUAUCUCGCAGUCCAGUAUUUUCCCAUGUCUCAGCCAGCAUGUCUGGUUUAGCGACUAUUCGUGCUUGCGACGCCGUACACAUUUUAAAAGUUCAGUUUGACGACAAACAAGACAUACAUACCGCGGCUUGGUACUUAAGUCUUAUCACAAAUACAACGUUCGCGAUAUGGCUGAGUCUCAUUUCGGCAUGUUAUGUAAUAGUCGUCGCUUACACAUUCCUCUUAAUGGACGACGGUACAACAAGGUCUGGUAACGUCGGUCUGGCUAUCAGUCAAGGUCUUAUAUUGGUGAACAUGGUUCAGUAUGGUAUAAAGCAGACCACUGAGGUCAUAUCUCAGAUGACGAGUGUCGAACGAGUGUUGCAGUUCACGAAACUGCCCCAAGAAGUGACGGAUGGUCCCUCACCACCUAAGGAUUGGCCUCAGCGCGCCAAGCUGGUGUUCAAAGAUUUAUAUCUCAGAUAUGAUAGAGAAGCAGAGCCCGUACUUAAAAACUUGAACAUAGUCAUCGAGAGUGGAUGGAAGGUCGGUGUAGUUGGUCGUACCGGUGCAGGCAAGUCGUCACUCAUAUCAGCACUCUUCCGUUUAGCGCCGAUCGAUGGAAAUGUGUACAUUGAUGACGUAGAAACGGGACAGAUAGCACUCAAGGAACUAAGGUCGAAGAUCGCAAUUAUUCCACAAGAGCCGGUUCUAUUUUCGGCCAGUUUACGUUACAACUUGGAUCCCUUUGAUAAAUAUACGGAUGCCGAUAUCUGGAAUGCUUUAGAACAGGUGGAGUUGAAGCAUAGUGUAUCCUCAUUAUCAGCGGAGGUGGAGUCCGGUGGUGUGAACUUCAGCGCUGGACAGAGACAGCUGCUGUGUCUGGCGCGAGCUGCUCUCGCGAGGAACAAGCUGCUCGUGCUGGAUGAGGCUACCGCUAAUGUUGACCCCAACACUGAUGCUCUUAUACAGAAGUCUAUUCGGAAACAUUUUUCUGAAUGUACCGUACUGACUGUGGCGCAUCGCCUCCACACUGUUGCUGAUUCCGACCGAGUUAUUGUGAUGGAGGCUGGAGAAAUUAUGGAGUGUGGCCAUCCUCACGAGUUGUUACAAAAAGAUGACGGAUACUUCACUCGUAUGGUGAAACAACUCGGGAGUGCCUCAGAGCAGAGUCUUCGAGAACUUGCCCACAAAGCCUAUUUAGCACAUAUUAAAUAUGUCGACGCCGAUGAGCAACCUGCCUUAUAG